UGUUGAUAAUGGUGGACACGUGCGAGGAUCACUGCCGCUCACCCCAGACGAAUUCAACCCAAUUCACCAGCUCCAGGUCGAAGAAAUCCGACUCCAACUAAACUGAGAUGCGCUGUUCGAUCAGUGAGUUUCUUUUAUGAUUCCAAUCUCCCAAUAUUUUCCUCCGGAUUUCUGUUUUUGUUACAUUCAAUCCUUUCCCAUUUUUGGGUUUCGAUAUGUUUGAGGGAUUGUUGUUCUCAGCUUUUCUCAGUGGUUCACGUUAGUGGAUGUUCAUUUCGGUGGAGAUUUCUGCUCGAUUUUCUGGGUUUUCUUUCGAUUCUCAGGUUGUGUUUGGAAGCUAUUGGGUAGGACUGGUAACUUGAUCUUUUUGGAAAACACAAAACUUGGUUGUAAUAAUGUCAAGACCUUGGGUUCUUGUCUGUCUGCUGUUACUGAUCGUGUUCUCCUCACAAUUUGAGUGGAGGCAACAGUAUGAGAAUGAGCUUGAAGCAGGUCCAAACGCUUCACAGAGAGAACCCCAUAUGUCUGAAAGAGAGGAAGCUGUAAAAGAAAAGAUUAUUCUUUCCCAGGAGAAAAAUAUCCAGAGAUUGAAUGAGUUGGUGCAGAGUCUUAGAAGACAGUUACUCCAGUGCAAGGGUGAACAUGAGGCCGUGAAUAGCACGGUGACGCCCAUGACUGAACUUCUAACAGUGUUCGACCAGCAGCCGAUGCUAGAUGAUUAGGUCUCAUGGCGCUGACCACCUCGGUUGCUGUUUGCAAGCUCUGUUUCUGUUCAGUAAUCAGUAAUCAAGCUUCGUGAUGAGGUUGAGUCUGAAUCAUUAUUACAUUUUGGUAGGACUUAACUGUAGAUGUAGAACAUCGUCUCCUUGUUCAACUCUAUCCAUCACUGAUAAUUAUAUAUCAAAUCUAAUAAGCUAUAUUAUGUGUCAUUCUA